CCGCCGCCCGCCAACGGUCCUCCGCAGCAUGGACAUGGUGGGAGAACUGCUCAAGUAUCAGCCGUUCCAAGGACAAAAGUCAAAGUAUCCGGUGGGACGCAGACGUGUACUCAAGAUUUACAAAUACAUAAGAACGGCAUUGGACCUAAGUCAUAUUCGUUGGGCGGCACAGCGGCCGCGCAGCUCUCAGCGUCGGUACGAGAGAGGUUACUCGGCUCACAGUCUCUACCUAAGCCGGGUACCCAUGAAUUCGCUGCGUUAUUCCAUCAUCACAGAAUAACUCCAAGAGGAGGCAUGAAGAUUAGCGACGGAAGCCUCUCCGAUACACAGACGUACUCCGAAGUGAAAUCAGAUUAUGGAAUACCAUACGCACCAUGGCUUCGACAUAGCAACACAUACUCGGCAAGCGGGCGCCUGUCCGAGGGCGAGUCUAUGGAGUCCCUAAGCUCGCUGCACUCGGCGCAGCACAACCACACCUCAUCCCCUAACUCCCACCACCGCAGCUCACUCACACACAAUAAGCUCAUCCUGCACCGCGACGCUCAGGGCUCCCGGCUCAACCGGAGCAACAGCAUUAGAUCGACAAAGUCAGAGAAGUUGUAUCCGUCGAUGCUGCAGAGAUCUUCGGAGAGCGAUUAUGAACCGUAUUACUGUUUGCCAGUGCAAUAUGGACCAUCAGGACAAGGUCUAAACUACGGCGUGUCGGAGCCGCCGUCGCCGUCUCCGCGCUCGGCGCUGAGCCCCACGCACCAGCCCGCCAAUGUGAUGCACACGCCGCGACAUUCACAUCACUAUCCUAAGAAAAAUGAUGAAGUACACGGAUCGACUGCUUCUCUGGUAUCAACGGCUUCUUCUCUAGCGGCCGGCGCUGGCUCCGAAGAAAGACAAGCUCAUGAAGUUCGAAAAUUACGAAGGGAACUUGCUGAUGCUAAAGAAAAGGUUCACACCUUGACUACGCAGCUAACAACAAAUGCUCACGUGGUGUCUGCCUUCGAGCAAAGUCUAUCGAAUAUGACACAGAGACUUCAGCAGCUCACGGCCACAGCCGAGAGAAAGGACUCAGAGCUAACGGAGCUGCGACAGACGAUCGAGUUACUGCGCAAGCAAUCCAUCCAGGCCGGACUCACUACUGCCCAUAUGCAGUCUAUGGGGAUACGUGCAGAUGGCGUUAAUGUCACAGGACAGGAGCCAGCAAGCACACAAGCGCCUCAGUCGUCGCCGCAACGCGUGCAAACCGGUAACGGAGCGAUCACACGCCAUCUAUCGACAGACAGCGUGUCCAGUAUUAACAGUCUAAGUAGCGGCUCCUCAAUGCCUCACGACAAGAAGCACAAGAAAAAAGGAUGGCUUCGCUCAUCAUUUACGAAAGCAUUCUCAAGGAAUGCAAAGAUAUCGAAGACAGCAAAACAUUCUUCCUUAGGCCAGUUGUCGUCACAAGACAGUUCAUCCGGCUCACACCACUACGAUGACCCUCAUACUAUCCGAGAAGGAAGUAACGAGAAUAGUCUAGAACAUUCCCAUGAAGCUUUACCCGAGGCCAAGGAUAAGCCAAGCGCCGCUAAGACUGAUGAACAAGCCAAAGAUAAACCAGAUGAUGCCGGAUUGGUGGAUGAAUUGAAGAGACAACUUAGAGAAAAGGACUUAGUGCUAACUGACAUCCGACUUGAAGCUCUGAGCUCGGCGCAUCAACUAGAAAGUCUUAAGGAUACUGUUAUUAAGAUGAGGAACGAGAUGUUGAACUUGAAGCAGAACAACGAGCGGCUGCAGCGGCUGGUGACGUCACGCUCGCUGGCCGGCAGUCAGAGCUCGCUGCCCGCUGCCGAUGACCCGCGACGCUUCAGCCUCGCUGACCAGCCGCAUCAGGCAUCAAUGGAUCUGCACUCACAACCUCUAGAUUUAGAUUUCACGCUCACCUCGACCCCUACCAUGGAUUUCUCGAAGAAAGGAUCACCGAAAUCGAGUAUGGUGGAACCGAUAUACGGUAACAAAGCCGUGUGCGAAUUGAAUGAGAACAGCGAAGCGAUAUUGAGUGCUUUGAAUGGUUCUGGCGAUAUAUUUACGAACGGAUUGAGUGGUGGCGAUAGAUUAAGUGGAGAUUAUGACAUCAAUACUGUGUUACCGCCACCGAAGACCAGGGAACUGGCAAUCGGAGAGAGCUAUUCUGAUAUCGGUGUAGCUGACAGUCAAGGUGACACCACAGACGGAAAGAAAAUCGCGAUAGCAGUAUAUUUGGGACAACCAGAGACAUUCCAAAGAUAUUUCGAAGAGGUCCAAGAUACACUUACUGAGUCCGAAUGCAGAUUCUACGCGAAACAAUCCGCGGCCGCGUUCAACCAUUUCGAGAAACAAUCGAGCUACGACUCUCCUCGAAUGUCUCAAACACACAGCCCAGAAACAGAGACACAAGAUUACCCACAAUCCAUAAACAAAUCCAACACUAACAGUCUCAAGAGUAAUAAAUCCACUCACAGCAAUUCCUACAAGAAUGUAUAUAAUAGCGAUUCGACAAUAAACUGCAAUGAAUUCACAAUCGCAUACACUUAUAUAUCAGGCAAAACGACUUGGCAGAACUUAGAUUAUAUAGUUAGGAAGACAUUCAAAGAUUACUUGUCCAGGAUAGAUCCUGGUACUAAUCUUGGACUGAACACGGAUUCAAUCACAUCGUAUCAUCUAGGAGAGGCGACUAGGGGACCUGAGAUCGGUUUCCCUGAAUUACUGCCGUGUGGUUACAUUAUUGGCACUAUUAAUACAUUGUAUAUUUGCCUACAAGGAGUUGGAAGCUUGGCGUUUGAUAGUCUUAUACCAAAAAAUAUUGUAUAUAGAUACGUUUCCUUGUUAUCUGAGCAUCGGAGAGUGAUACUGUGCGGACCAAGCGGUACUGGGAAAUCGUACUUAGCUGCAAAACUUGCGGAGUUCUAUGUACAGCGCACACAAAGACGAGGGAAUCCCGCUGAAGCUGUGGCUACAUUUAAUGUCGACCGCAAGUCAUGCAACGAGCUGCGCGCGUACUUGGCGAACAUCGCGGAGCAGUGCAGCGCGGCGGGCGCGGCGGGGGACCCGCUGCACCACGUCAAGUCCACCUACCCCUGGAGGGAGCCCAACCACUCACAUACGCUGAGAGCGAUUACAGUUGAGGAAAUGAGUAUUGAAGAAGCAAAUCAAGAGGCGAAUAGAAACAACAAUCAAGAUCCAUUGUUGAAUAUGUUAAUGCGUCUGCAAGAAGCAGCCAACUACAGCGGUAACCAAAGCCAAGAUUCGGACAACGCGAGCAUGGACUCGAAUCUCACACACGACAGCUCUAUGGGCAACGAGCUUUAAUUACUAUUGUAUUGAAUAACGAAUAUAAUAUUCACUACUACACAAACUUAUCUGGCCAGGUAUAGUGGCGCUGUUAUUAAAGGGUUCUAACAGACAUUUAAUUGGGCGUAGAAAAUUCAUAUUGAAGAUUCGACACAUUUAAUUUAGUUUUACUCUUGUCGACUAGGCCAGAUAAGUUUGUAGAACUAUACUCUUAUAUGACUGCUUAUAAGUCCGUAGUGACAAACUGUUUGAGUAUUGCUACCUAAAAAAAUAAUCCAUCUUUUCAAAUGAUAUAAGGUAGUUUAUAUAAAUUUAUUGUCACUAAAAACUAUAUAAAGCCAAAUAUUUGCCAUAUGUACGAUAUUUAUAUUUAUUUUCUUUAAGAAUUAUCUAAGUUAAAAUUGUUUUAUAUUUGCUUUACCGUUUAUGCGUAGAUAGGCACUUACCUAAAUUACUGUCCUAGUAAAAUUACUCUCUUCAGUUUUUGAAUGAUUACCUAUAGUCACAUAAUGCUAAUUUAUCGUACUAAAGCAACACAAUGGGCCUCUCUUAGUCAUCAUUGAACUACUCUAGAUCGAAUAGUAGAGAGAGGUCUGAUUAUUAAUAUAAAAUUGUCCUGACCUUACGUCGCGCACAAAAAUCUAAAUAAAACACAUAUUUGUAAAUGCCUAUCUAAUCUACACACGCUUUUUUACCAACCGAAAGGAUUUUUCUCUGCAUAUUUGCGUCCUUCAGCAAAUAUUAAAAGCAUGAGUUAGACCUUUCUGUAUCUUAACCAUUGAUGUGAUUUUUUUUAAGUCGAUUUAAUCAAUGAAUACGACCGAUAGGGUGUUCUCUGUUGGACCUUCGGCCUAUUGGUCAAUCGGCACAAUCGGAUGUUUUUUAUUGGGCGGAUUUAUCGAUAUUCCGAUCGGCUCAACGGAAACACCCGAACGUUUUAUAGAAUUCACUACUGCAGUGCCUCGAGCGACAUUUUACAUUUUUGUAACGCCGACAGUAUAGGACUGUUAUUUAUAUGAAGCAUCGCUUUUACUAUUGUUAUAUUUUUUCAAUGUUAGAAUAAACCACGUUUGUAUUAAGACAAUGUAUGUAAAAAUAUUAUGAAAGUGUAAUUUUUAUACCAUUUUCAUAUAAAACUCAUGUACCUAAUAAAAAAUAUUAAGAUGUAAAUAAAAAUGUUUAAUAUAAUUUCUUUUCUAUGUGAUUACACUAACCGCUAAUAGCAUAAACGGAUUACUUUGUAUAGUAACAGUGUUCGGUAUGGAUUGACUUGUGUGCAUAACUGAAACGUGAUAUCUACAAUCUGUGCUUUACAAAUAUUGUCAAUAAACAUUGAUUACAUUAA